AUGAAACGAGAAACAAGGGAACGCAAUCAUAGGAGCGGACAGGAGGAGGAGAAGUACGUGGAGGAAUCUGAGUUUGAGCAAGAGGACGAAGGUGAAACUCGGUGUAUAUGUGGUAGAAUUGAGCCGCCAGAUGACUCUGGUCUUUAUAUUCAGUGCGAAGAGUGUCAUGUUUGGCAGCAUGGAUACUGUGUAGGUAUCACUGAAGAAGAUACACCAGAUAAGUACUGGUGUGAGCAGUGUAAGCCUGAUCUUCAUUCACUAUACUCUACAGAUAUUGGUGAAAAGAGAUCGAUCUACAAGCCUAUACAGCAGCGUCGCAGAAAACAUAGGAAGACUAAGAGGAAUUCUGAAUCUGAGAGUGAAGGGUCGGUCGAUGCCCAAUCGCCAUCUAGUUCUGGAUUGAACGGUUCUGUAGGUUCUCAAAGAGUAUCUAGACAGCGUAGAAACAGUGGAAAUGCAGAUGUCUCUAACAAGAGAGAGGAUCCUGAUGAAAUUGUUGCGGAUGAUGGUACUACCGAGGAGAAGGAAGUGGACGAACCAAAGACCGAAUUGGACGAAUUUGAAGAAAACCAAAAACAUUCUGAUCGCAAGCGUGCUACUUCCAGUGCAAGAGAGGAAAAGCAUUAUCAGCUAAUGUUAGAAAAAGCGUUGCGUGAGAGUAGACGCUCUUCUAAGGAUGGACCUGAAGAGCAGGAUGGAAGCGACCAUUUGAAAGACGAAGCAAGCACUGGCAAGAUGCCAUCGCCAAAAUUGUCUUCAAGAGACACGGAGUCUCUGGAAGUGAACGAAUGGGAAACAGAAGACUCCACUAGCCAAUCCAGAAAAAGAGGGAGAGCUGCUACGAAAUCUACAUCUCCAUCUGAGUCAGAAGAAGACUCGAAAUCGAAGAGAUCAAGAAGAGGGAAAACUGCUAGUUCUUCUCAAAGCAAUUCCAGAAAUGCAAAGGCUGGAGGAAGAGGCUCUAGAAAUGGCAGGUCUAAUGGCUCGAAGGCGUCUGGGUCGUCUGGUAGCUCCAAUUCUUCUAAAUCAAAUGGCUCAACUACAUCCGAAAUAGGGAUAAAUAAGCCUCUAAAACCUCGGAUCCCUUCUCAAAGGACAACUAUACAUGAAAUGAGACGCAGGGUGAAUGCAAUACUGGAAUUUAUAUCCAGAACUCAACUUGAACUGUCCGAAGAUCAGCUUCAAAAAGAGCAAUUAUGUCAAUUUGUUGAGAAUGAAGAAUUUCUGGAAAACAUAAAUAAAAUAUUCUCCAACUAUGAUGAAUCAUUGAAGUCAAUGGAUGAUCUUACGAGAAAGCUUCUCCUUUGGGAGCAAAAAUUCAGUACAAUUCAUUAG